CACAGAGAGAGAGAAGAGAGAGAGAGACAGAGAGAGAGAGAGUGAGCAGGCUGCCCUAAGACCAGAUGGGCAGGUCGUUUUCGAGCUGAGGGGUGUCGUUUCACCAUGGAUGGCUCUACGGGUAGAAGGACCUGCACCUGCCCGUUGGUCUCUCUGUCUUUGGCCCCCACUAUCGUCCUCUUCUUUUAGAAAAAGAACAUCUGGGGGGCCUGGGGCUGAAUCGGUAAAUCGCAUUUUGGAUGGGGGAAGCAAAGAGAAAAUGAAAAAACCCAGAGAACACCCUUAUGACCAAUACCUUCUCUCUCUCUCUCUCUCCCUCUGCACUUUAUUCUGUUCAAAAUAUGUUACUUUGCUGUUGCUGAGAACGAGGCCGUUUGUUUCUUGGGGAGAGAGAGAGAGAGAGAGAGAAACAAAGGCAAAGGGGGAAAAAAAAGCAAGCUUGAGCAUUCUUUCUUUCUUUCUUCUUUUUUCCCCUGCCUCUGUGUCUGCCGCAUUGUCUUGCUUGUUCCACUCUUAAGACUCUCUCUCUUCACUUACCAUUGCGUUAAAGUGUUCAUCCGCCCAGGCACACUUCUCUCACUCACUUCAUUUGCUGAUUUUUCCUCCUUUUGUCCUCUGUUUUCGUUGUCUUACACGAUCCUACACAGCCCCUGAAGAGUUAAAACCUGGAAGACCCAUCUGGUGUUUGGCCUCUCUUUGCUGCCGUUUCCGGGCUUAUUUAGGCAUUUGUCCCGGAACUACCUCAAAUAAGAAGGGGACACAAAUCCAAGUUUUUUUCCCCCCCUGGUUUGGGAGUUGUGCAUUGAGAAGUUCCGUGGAGCGAGAAAGCAUCUGAAGGAGCGCUUUUGGCACUUGGUGUUUCCUGAUUAACUUUGAUGAUUCCAGGCAAAAGCCAGAGGAGGAGGGCGAGCAGAGCACACUCCACGGCUGCAUGAACUGUUGUGAUACAAUGACAGAUGGCAACUCCAAGAAAAGCAAGCUCUCAUGGUCAAAGAGGAUGGUUAGGAAGUUGUUCAACAUCAAGUGCAAGCCUGAGGACUUCCAGGCAGAUGAAAUGGUUUGUGCAGGAGGUGAUGUCGAAAUCCGAACCAGCAUAUCGGGGAGAGAACCGGGCACAAUCAAGAAAAGCAGAACAGAAAAGUCCAACAAGAAUGCGGAGCAGCAUCGGAGAAGGAGAAUGAAUCUUGAUAAUCCACGAGUUAUAGAUGUGCACAAUUACAGCAGCAUUUUUGUGGCCACAUGGAACGUAGCAGGAAGAUCCCCACCUCAGAAUCUGAACCUAGAUGAUUGGCUUCACGCAUCUCCUCCAGCCGACAUUUAUGUACUCGGAUUUCAAGAAAUAGUUCCUCUGAAUGCCGGUAACAUUCUGGGAGCAGAAGACAGCGGUCCGGCCAAGAAGUGGCUGGCUCUUGUUCGUAAAUCUCUGAACAAUCUCCCAGGAACCAGUGGAAGCAACGUUUGCUACACCCCGUCUCCAAUCCCUCAACCAGUCGCAGAAAUAAACGCAGACUUCGAGGCAUCGGUGAGGCGCAAGGCCUCAACUCUCUUCCCUCGCCGAUCAUUCCAAACAACCCCCAGUUGGAGAGACACCGACCCUUCAAUUGGCCAACCGCGGCUUGAUCGACGGUAUAGUGUUUGUGACAGGGUGAUUUUUGGUCAUAGGGCGAGUGAUUUUGACCCCAGUUUUAGAUGGGGCCAUCGGCCAAGUGAUUAUUACCGGCCAAGCGAUUAUUCCCGGCCAAGUGAUUAUUCCCGACGGAGUGACUAUUCCCGGCGGAGUGAUUAUUCUCGGAGGAGUGAUUUUUCCCGCCCAAGCGAUUUCUCGAGAUGGGGUUCGUCGGAUGAUGACAAUGGGCUUGGACCUGAAGAUUCCCCGAGCACGGUGUUGCAUUCACCGAUGUCUUAUGGUGGGUUCCCAUCGAAUGAAAAUGGUUAUAGAACAAGAGGGAAUUCAAGAUAUUGCUUAGUUGCCAGCAAGCAAAUGGUUGGCAUCUUCCUGACGGUGUGGGUGAGGAGUGAACUGAGGGACCAUGUCCAGAACAUGAAGGUCUCUUGCGUUGGUAGAGGAUUGAUGGGCUACCUUGGAAAUAAGGGAUCUAUUUCAAUAAGCAUGUUGUUGCACCAAACAAGCUUUUGUUUCAUAUGUAGUCAUCUAACCUCAGGCCAAAAAGUGGGCGAUGAGCUGAGAAGGAACUCUGAUGUCAUGGAAAUUCUUAAGAAGACGAGGUUUCCCAAAGUUAACAAUGCCGGGGCUGAAAAGUCCCCGGAAACCAUUCUUGAGCACGACCGGAUUAUUUGGCUUGGGGAUCUGAACUAUCGUAUUGCCCUCUCUUAUCGAUCUGCCAAGGCACUUGUAGAGAUGCAGAAUUGGAGGGCACUUUUGGAGAAUGAUCAGUUACGAAUUGAGCAGAGGCGAGGCCGGGUCUUUGUGGGGUGGAAUGAAGGGAAAAUUUAUUUUCCACCAACAUACAAGUACUCUACCAAUUCAGACAGAUAUGCAGGGGACGAUAUGCAUCCUAGGGAAAAGCGUCGUACUCCUGCGUGGUGCGAUCGAAUUUUAUGGUAUGGGGAAGGCCUUCAUCAGCUAUCCUAUGUCCGUGGCGAGUCAAGGUUCUCGGACCACAGACCGGUCUAUGGCAUUUUCUGUGCUGAGGUUGAAUCGCGCCAUACGAAGUUAAGGAAAAGCACGAGCUAUUCUAGUUCGAGAGUUCAGGUCGAGGAACUACUUCCAUAUUCGCACGGAUACACUGAAUUAAGCUUCUUCUGAGUGACAAUGGACCGGCCCUACUAGUACCCAGCUUAGGCACAAUACUGGAGCUUUGUCAUAUUCCUUGUCUUGUUGGGUUGCCUAAAGUUAAGACGGGUUGGGCAACGGUUUCACAAAUAUGAAGGAGCUACUUUUCUAAAGAGGACCUGAACUUUGCUCAUCUUUUGGAGACUUGAGCAUUUGGAGCGUCUAUGGCGAAGUCACCUGAGAUCUCUCCUUCAAAAGAGGACUGCUGGUCCCCAUUUGCAGGCAGAAAUCACUUCAAAGAGUCUCCUUGGAAGAAUGAUGGGGACAUUGCCUCGCCCACUAACUGAAAAAGGCGUAAAUACUACUAACUUCGGUAACCUACUUGCGACGAUAAAUAUACUACAUAGUCUUAGCUAUGGAGCUUACAGCUUCAGUACAUAGCAAAGCGAGAGAUGCGAUUAAUGUGCCAAAUGACUGGUCGCAUAAUCUCCGGCGACAGCAGUUUUCGAACUCCAUGAUGACUAGGAUGAGACUUUCACCAGGCCAGAGUUGCAAGUUCCAGACCAAAGAUUGUUUGAUUCUUUAUUCUAAUAUCUUCAGGGAGAUCAAAUUUUUUUUUUCAACCCUUUUGAGAAUUCAAAAGGGAAGGAAGAACGGGCAAACACAAUCAUUUGGGUACUCCCAAUUUUUUCAAAGAUGCAUACAGAAGUGAAGCAUUUGAUGAUUUUUGUAAGGUUCUUCAUUAUCAAAAGUUAUGAAGGAUCACAGAGAACAGGAGGACAAAUGGAAACAAAAAGCUGAAACCCUCGUGUUCUGAGGCUUGUCUUGUUGCUGAUGAUUAUACUGAAAAAAGACAGUUUUCUCGAUCA